AUGGGUCCUGAAGCUGAGCGCCCCGGCGGUGGCUUUUUUGAGAAGAAGCGGUCUAACAUCGACGUCGAGGACCAAGGAAACGUCUCCGAUGAUUCAUCAUUGGAGAAAGAGCAAAAUGAAGUUGUCGAUGCCACCAAGUUCUCAUCGCUGCGAAAACUGCACAUUGUCGUCGCGGGUUUUACGUGCACUUUCAAUGGAAACCUGGGAUCAUCAAUGCCCUCGGGCGCUCUUGAUGCGAUCAGCGCCCACUUUGGGGUGACCAACCGCAUUCAUCUCAUCCUUCUCAACUCGCUCUUCAUGGUCGGCUAUGUCAUCGGCCCUCUCGCGUUUGCUCCCCUCAGCGAGUACAUCGGACGCCGGCCAGUUCUGAUCGGCACUUUUCUUGGCUACCUCGUCUUCAUGCUCGCCUGCUCUGGGGCCCCGAAUUACCCAGCACUGCUGGUAUUUCGUCUCCUGUGCGGAAUCAACGCCGCCGCUCCGACCAGUGUUCUCGGCGGACUCUACGCUGAUACCUUCGACGACGCUUCCGUUCGAGGUAACGCCAUGGCCCUGUACAUGACUGUCACCACUAUCGGGCCAUUGAUUGGUCCCAUCAUCUCCGGUUUCUCGUCCCAGAUGUCAUGGCGCUGGCCAUUUUGGAUUGCUGGGAUGAUUGCGGCCUUGGGGUUGCCUGUUGUCCUUACACUUCCCGAGACCUACGCGCCGGUACUCCACAACAAGGCCGUCAUGAAGAGGCUCAAGAAGCCCGGUGCAGAUGUCGAGAGCGGACAGCAGCUUGAGCUGAAGCCGUUUGACGUCCAGAAGAUCUUUCUCCGUCCGGUCACCCUUCUUGUCACCGAACCAAUCGUGUUUUGUACCUCUGCGUAUCUGGCGCUGGCGUACGCUGUCUUCUACCUUAUGUUCCAAGCAUACCCCGUCAUUUUCCAAGGCUUCUAUGGACUUUCUCCAGCGAUUGCCGGACUGGCGUUCAUACCGCAGGCUGUGGGUGUUAUUCUUGCAUUAAUCAUGUUUGCUGCCUUCACAUGGUACCACGAUCGACAAACCAAGGCGGGUGUCGCAUGGACAAAGAACCAAAUCUACCGCAGACUGCCUCUCGCGUGCAUAGCGUCUCCUUGCCUUUUUAGCAUGGUCAUCUCCUUAUUCUGGCUGGGCUGGACAGUCUGGCCCUCAGUGUCUCCUAUCGUGCCCAUGCUGAGCGGCAUUUUCUUCGGAUGCGGCUUCCAGCUGCUUUUUAUGGGCAUGAUCAAUUAUCUGACCGACGUCUUCCGGCAGUACUCUGCGUCGGCACAUGCUGCUGCCAGCAUGACGCGGUCCAUCGGAGCAAUCACGCUGCCCCUUGCAGCGAACAGCAUCAAUUCGUCAAAAUCGAAGAGCGCGGACUGGGAUGAUACCCAGAGAUGGAUUGUCAAACUCAGCCGCAACCUAGGCCCAAAUCAUGAGGACCUGAGCGGCGACUUUGUCGUUCGUGCUCAGUUCCUCAUGCCCGCCGGCGGUCUUUUCUAUUCCCCCAGCGCGCCUGACGCCCCGGGCCUUGAGGUCUUUAUGAAGAAUCACGAAAUCUUCCAUACAGCUUGUUGGAACUAUGCAUACACCGGCGGCUCACAAUCCGAGCCCGACAUGGUGAACUUGCAAGACAAGAGAGUUGGCAUCAUCGGCACCGGUGCCACUGUAGUCCAGGCCGUCCCCGAGCUAGCCAAGUGGGCAAAGCAGCUCUAUGUCUUUCAGCGUACCCCGUCUUAUUGCAGCCCGAGGGAACAACUCGAAAAGACUCCCGAGAGCUGGGCAAAGGUUGCCGGGGGGCCAGGCUGGCAGUCCGAGAGGAUGAGAAACCUAAACAAGUUCCUCAACGACCACCCAGAGGUGGCUGCCGAGGACGACCUUCUCAAGGACGGCUGGAGCCGUGCUCGCCAGUUCUCUGGCCUAAUUGGCAGCCCCCGAGCGAAGGACAUCACGCCCGCCAAGGCGCCACAACAUCUACAGCGUGUGCUGGAGCUAGAUGCAGGAAUCACUAACGAUCUCCGUAAGCACGUCGAGCAUGAAGUGGAAGACCCGGAGGUGGCUGAGAUGCUAAAGGCUUGGUACCCUGGCUUGUGCAAGCGUCCGACUUUCCACCAGGAGCAUCUCAAAACUUUCAACCGCCCAAACGUCACGCUUGUCGAGACCGACGGCCAGGGCAUCUCUGGCUAUACCGACGGUGGUAUCUUGGUUGCAAAUGGUGAAUUCACCAAGGAAUAUGAAGUCGACGUACUUGUGCUGGCGACUGGCUUCGCAACGACCACCGGUGCAGAUGGUGAUCCUUCUCAAGUUCUCGGCAUGCCCAUUCGGGGUCGCGAUGGCCGCGACUUGACCGAUAAGUGGAAAGGCGAGGACUUUGCCAUUUUUUUCGGCGUCGCUACCCACGAAUUUCCCAAUCUGCUCUUCUACAAAGCGAAAGGCGCGACUGGGUCCGCGAACACCACGUAUCCGCUUUCUAUUGCAGCAAAGACGGCUGCCCACAUCGCCAAGACGGCAGUCAAGCAGGCUUCUAAUGCUAGCGGGGUUGAGGUGGAAGUCAGCAAAGAGGCAGAGCAACGAUAUACGGAGAGCCUGAAGCCGUACAGCCCGUGGUACGCCACGGUGGCAUCCUGCACUCCCACAUACUUCACGGACUACAGAGACCCAGCCAAGCAAGAUAAGCCUGACGACAAGAAGAGAUCUACGGUGGGAUGGACUUUGGGGUCAGUGGCGUUCGAGGAUGCUAUCAACAAAUGGAUCGACGGCAACCUAGAGGGAUUUGUAGUACGGGGCUGA